GAAAGUCCGCUGGGAUUGACGUACUUGAGUCAUAACGAUGAGAGGUUACUAAGUUCAAGAAAAUAAUCCGAUUCGAAAUCCCAGUUUUUCCUGACAUUUUCGCUUGGCCUCUUUCCAAAAAUCAGGAACCCUUACAAGGCCCCUGUGAAUCAUUUUCCGCCAAACGCGAUGCAUUGUGGGAUUAAACAUCCGGUACAGCCACGCCCUCUACGCGGAAGAGGAUUGUCGGUGCAAUAAAUCGAGGAAGUUUUCUGUGUAGAAGCUCCUAUCCCUUUCGUGGACGAAGACGUCAACACCGAGGAUCACGUGUAUGUGAACAGUUCCAUUGAUGAACUGACUCAGCUGUGUGCCAAGCAGGCCCGAGACAACAACAACUAUCAGGUGAAUACUGCAUGUACUGACACAGAUAAGACUGACGGUCAACUGGCACAUGGUGGUGCCUCAGAAACAGGAACAGAAGAAUCAGUAACCGAGGAACUAAGGGAAGCACAGCAACAAGUUGUCCUAGCAUUAGCCGAGGCUGACAACAUGUCACAGGACCUGCUAAUGAAUGCUGUCUCUCGACUGGAGAAUGUUGCCACAAGGUUAGAGAACUUGGCUCGAUCUCAACCAGCCAGUCAAACUUCCUCUUCAGCAGGGGAUUCUGAGGCUGCACCUUUCGUUGUUGCCUUUGAUGCAAUCACGAGUGGCCCAUUUGCAAAGUAUGUGUCACUCAGUUCAUCUAUAGGGGGUGAUGUCAAGACUCAGAGUGAUCUGGUCCAGGCUGCUUUCCAAGCACAGAGACAGUUCCUUGUUGUCGCGUCACAGAGCAAGCAGCCAGCCCAGAGCGUGUUGGUGAACCUACUGAAGCCCACGUCAGAGAAGAUUGAAGCAAUUGUGGGAUUCCGUGAGAAGAACCGAACCAGCCCUUUCUUCAACCACUUGUCCACAGUCAGCGAGUCUGUUUCUGCAUUGGGAUGGGUGUCUGUGUCACCGGCCCCAGGGCCCUUCGUCAAGGAGAUGUCCGAUGCUGGAAUGUUCUUUGGGAACAGGGUGCUGAAGGAGUUCAAGGAGAAGGAUCCACAGCAUGCUGAUUGGAUAAAGUCAUGGAACAUGACUCUGUCUGAGCUACAGGCUUACAUCAAGCAGUUCCACACCACAGGCACAGCCUGGAACCCACGGGGAGGAGAUGCUAGUGCUGUAGCUGCCCCAGCCAGGGGAGGUGCACCACCACCACCCCCUCCUGGCCCCCCUCCUCCACCUCCUCCAGCACCUGUUGACUCCGCCCCAGCAGGGGGUGGCUCUGAACAAGAACGAGCUGCCCUGUUCAGUCAGCUCAACAGGGGAACAGAUAUCACAAAAGGUUUGAAGAAGGUCUCUGAUGAUAUGAAGACCCACAAGAACCCUGCCCUGAGACAGGGCCCCGCCCCAUUCAAGGCUGUAGGUCCUCCUAAGCCAGCACCCAAGCCCGAGGCCAAGGUCGCCCCUGCAGCUGUAUCCAGGCCUCCUCUCACCCAACUCCAGGACAAGAAGUGGGUCGUUGAAUACCACAACAACAACAAGGACAUCGUCAUUGACAAUACGCAGUCCAAGCAGGUGGUGUACAUCUACAAAUGUGUUGGCAGCACCAUCAGUGUCAAGGGCAAGGUCAACUCCAUCUUGCUUGAUGGCUGCAAGAAGAGUGCUGUGGUGUUUGAUGACGUUGUGUCUUCCAUUGAAUUUAUCAACUGUCAAAGCGUUCAGGGUCAGGUGACUGGAAAAGUGAACACAGUUAUUAUCGACAAGACAGAUGGCUGCAUGAUGUACCUUAGCAAAGAGUCCAUUGAAGCUGAGAUUGUCACAGCCAAAUCCUCCGAACUCAACAUCUUGGUUCCUCUAGCUGAUGGAGAAUAUAAAGAAUUUGCUCUCCCAGAACAGUUCAAGUCAACAUGGAACGGGUCCAAGUUUGUCACGGUUGCGACUGAUAGUAUUUGAAGCAGGAUUGGUGCUGAGAAAAUGUCAUGCUGUCAGCUUCAUGCUAUGUGCUGCCUGAACAAACUUCAACCACAAUAUUCCUUCAAUCUUAACAUCUUUGUACAAACCAACUUUUCUAACAUUGUGCACUAUUUUAUGGAAUCAGCAGCAUUUUAUAAACCUUAUGAUUAAUCCACAAAUUCAUAAGCUGUCAAAUGUAAGCCUAAUACUGCAAUCAUUAUUAUUUUCUGUCUGAAGAAAAAUAUAUUUUUCAUGUUUUAUUCUUUUUUUAAAAAAAGCUUUCUUGUACAUUACACGAAGAUGAUGACUACAUUAUAAGACUGAGACCAAAUGCUGUAGUAUGCUUCAGCUAAAUGCCUUGUAUUAAGUACCGGUAGAUGCAACAUGGGGGUACCACAAGUCCUCAAUGCCAAAUGGGAUCUCUGACAUGUUACCAAAUCGGCAGCAACCACUGUUCUACAUCACACAUAUCCUAAGAGGGAAUGGAAGGUUUACGGGAAUGAAAUUGACUGUAUGUAACAUGAUAGAAACCAUUGCCUUUGAAAGGUUGAGUGAAUGAUCGAGGAAGACCUGUGUUUGUUGUGUAUUUGUUAUGUAUCCCAUAAGAAGUGGACCAUCAAUCGAAGUGCUGUUUUGUGGUUCAAAAGACCCAGGAAUAUUAGAGCCCAAUUACCACCUGCCACCUUGUCAGUAGGAAGUAGAUAGUUUUAGAAUAAGAAUUAUAUGAGAGUUGAUCAGGUUGCUGGAUUCGUAUUUAAUCCGAAUUGACAUCAUGUCAGAAAUUUUAGAAAUAGCUUCAGCCUUCCAUAAUCAAUAAACCUUUUGGGCAUUAAGCAAUGGCGGCAAUCAGGGGUAUUGGAGGCCUUCCUGUCCAACAUCUGCUCAAUGAGCCUGUGUUGUAAGACAAUUUAUGCAAACUUAAGGAAUGUUGCUUGAGAUAUAGUUGCCUGUAUCUGUGUCCGGUGUAGGGGACUUGUGGGGCUCCUGACCUGUCUUUCAUGUAAGUACAUCAGUACGGUUACUCUCACGUGAGCUACACCACUAGCGGAGGCGAAGGAAACCAACAUAUAAGCUUGAACUUUGCUGUCCGGAACAUUUUGUUGAUUAUAUUUAUGUAUUGAUAAUUGGUAAAAUAAUGUGAAAUAAAUAGACUACCAAGGUGCUGUUUCAA